UCCUGUGACUGGGUCGGUUUAGUCUGCAGGGAUAGACUCUGUGUGGACUCUUAAACACAGUUCCAUUCAGUCGUGAGCCGAGCCUAACUGUUGGUCUCUGCCUGUGCCACGAGCAGCUAUCGUACAGGGCUUAUGGGAUGCAGUAGACCUUGAGGUCUGCGUAGUCUCGCAAAUCAGACACUCUGUCAAGCGCUCUGACAGACAAGGGUUCUUGUCUGCAAACUAGGAGCCGUUCUAGCCGUCACAUCCUGAGGUAAACUCACAGGAACGUCUGAAGACACGUCAAACUCGCUCUCAACUCGCGAGGACCGAACCGGGGAAAGGCGCAGAGAGGGACUGCAAUGUUCAGUAGCAAGACACUGCACAUGUGACAGAUAUAGUGCCAUUGUUUAGAGGGAAUUAGCACUUUAAUACGAGAAGGAUAUGAACAUUUGUCAUUUUGAAUCAUUUAUUGAAGAAGGCCUUGUUUGAAGAACUAUUGCUCUCUAAGGAUUAGUGGAUCAUAACUGUGAUAUUGAUGCAAACUCCAGGAAUGGUCUGAUAAUGUGGAUUUGUUAGGAGUCGACCAGUUUCUUUUAAAUGUGGAGAACUUUUGCUUCCUACAAGAAAUCGUUCCAUUCAUUCAGCCGAUAGAAUGAGGACGUUUCUGCAUUUUAAUGUAUAUAUCUGUGAUUCUAUAGGGAUAUAGAUAGGGUAAUCAUAUAUCUUUAUUCUGAGAUUGUACUUUCAGUGAUCUUGUGGAUAUUCACCAUUUUUCUGAGAAUGAACCCUGUUUGCAAGGUUGCUAGAUUUUUAUUGGAUUAACAAAUUAUUCUUUGUAAGCGUUGGUCAAGGUGCAACAGAAUGAGGUAUCUGACCAAUCCCAGAGCCCCCGAGAUCUCUCGAAGUCGGCUGGUGUCACAGACGGCAAACUUCUUUGGUGUUGGAGACAACUGCCAGGAAGACCAAGCAAAAUGGCGCCGGCGGCAAUCACGGGCCCUUAGUCGGCGCCACGGUGGCAUCAAGCAAGGAUGUGAACCAGCAGCUCCAUCAGCAGAGGACCCGUUUGGGUUGCCUCUUCCACACAUCGUAGAUCCCCUAGCGAGACCUGGGAGGUUGAGGGACGAGUACGACAGCCCUCGUGGUCCGCUCCCGUCUCAGCUGAGCACCGGCACGGCAACCAGCAGCAUCCUCCAGAAGCAAAGGUCACAGCGGCUGAUCAGGCAGCGCAGCAAGAGGCAGUCGGUAGCCAAGAUGGGAUGGGAGCUUGUAAGAAAUUCAGUUAAGCAGCAACCCAAGGUCCAACAGCGUCCUCCGCUCAUUCACAGCAGAAGUUUUGCUCCGGCUAGUAUGGUCUUUGACUAUGAAGAUGAUGAAGAAUUCAUGGACCCAUCACAGUUCUUUUCACCAGGAGUGCUUUCUGAUGAGCUCAAUGACGAGGUGUUCUUUGACUUCUCACCAAAGGCCAAGAGGAGAGCCCCGCCCCCCAGCGCAGAGCCGCCCCCUAUCCCGCCCCCGAAUCUGCGCCUGGAGUCGGAUGAGACAGCCAGCGAGUAUGAGGAGAUCAGAGAGAGGACGCCCCGCAACGAGGACCGGUUCAGGGAGUUGCCUCGCCCUCCUCCCGGCAAACUUGGUGGAUUCGAUGAGGUUGACUUGGCUGGAAGACCGCCUUACAAGGGGGAAUACCCAGACCCAGGAGAAGAUGAUAUGUACGCUAUGCCUGAUCUUCCAGAUGUCUACCGGAGAGAGCCUUCAGCCGGGGAUCCCCUGGACUCCAGGACAACCAAUGUGCUACAGGACAUGAUACCUACCGGCAUCGGGUGGCGCAAACCCAAGACGGAGGAGCGCUUCAAGAUCCCGCCCAUCGUUUCACCCCUCCCGGAGGACCUCCCGGACGGCAGCAAGCCCCUCCGCCGCACCAAGAUCAGGGAGCAGAUCAUGGACAUGGCCAUGGACAAUGCAGACAGGAGAGAGAUCGGCAAGGGCCUGGUGGGCCGGGUCCUCAACAGGAGGUACAGGUCCAGGAGGAUGGACAGCUACGUUCAGAAGCAAAUCGAGGAGAUCGAAGACCACAGUCGACCCUACUUUACCUACUGGGUAACCACAGUACAGAUAGCCAUCAUGAUAGUAUCUCUUGCCUUCUACGGAUUUGCGCCCAUCGGCUUCAGUUACACACAGAAAACAGGAGUGGUCUUGCAAUCAAACUUAGUCAUGGAGACAGUGGGGUACAAGGAACCCGAUAACUUCUGGAUCGGGCCGAGGCCGGCGGACUUGAUACAUCUAGGCGCCAAGUUUGCCCCGUGCAUGCACCGAGACGAACAAGUAUUUGCCAAGAUAGAGGAUGCAAAAUUUAUAGAGAACAUGACAGGGUGCUGUAUACGAUCAGACAAUGCUGGUUGUGUGCAGACGUCUUCUGAGGAAUGUUCAACAAGAUUUGCGAUGUUCUCCAAGUGGACACCUAGUAACCCUGAUACCAAUGAACUAAGGACAUCGGGACCUGUGUGUGGGCAAGAUCCAAGGGAAUGCAAGAGUCCUUCUUCUAGACCACCUUAUGAAUGGCCCGAUGACAUCACCAAAUGGCCUAUUUGCGUGGAGCCGUUUGAUUCGCACAACCAAUAUCACACCAUGUGCGAGGUCACAGGUCGCCCAUGCUGCAUCGGAAUACAUGGUGAAUGUAAGAUCGUCAGCCGGGACUACUGCGACUUCGUCAACGGUUUCUUCCAUGAAGAGGCUACGUUGUGUUCUCAGGUUUCAUGCGUAGACUCUAUCUGUGGAUUAAUCAACUUUUUUAAUCCAGAUUAUCCCGAUCAGAUCUACAGGUUAUGGCUCUCGCUUUUCCUUCAUGCUGGUAUCUUCCAUUGUGUGUUGAGUUUCAUCAUGCAUAUGACCAUCUUGAGAGACCUUGAGAAGCUAGCCGGCUGGUUCAGGAUAGCCAUCAUCUAUAUCUUCAGCGGGAUCGGAGGAAACCUCACCAGUGCAAUAUUAAUUCCAUACAGGGCUGAGGUUGGUCCUGCAGGAGCCCAGUUUGGUCUUCUAGCCUGUCUGGUCGUCGAGGUCUUCCAGAACUGGCAGAUCCUGCGCAACCCCUGCAAGGCCCUCCUGAAGCUGCUGGCCAUCAUCAUGGUGCUCUUUGCUCUGGGUCUCCUGCCCUGGAUUGACAACUUCGCCCAUCUCGGUGGCUUCAUCUGCGGCAUCUUCCUCUCCUUCAUCUUCCUACCGUACAUCUGCUUCGGGGAGUUCGACCGCAACCGCAAGCGCAUCCAGAUGGUGGUGUGCAUCGUGCUCCUGGUCGGCUUCUUCACGCUGGGUUUCGUCCUCUUCUACAUCCGCCCCAUCACAGAGUGCUCCUGGUGCCAGUACCUCAACUGCGUGCCUAUCACCGAAGACUUUUGUAACGAUAUGGACGUCAAGUUUGAGGAUACGGUUGAGGUUCAAGGAGGGAUCAAGUGAAUUUGAGAUUGUGAUGUGCCACUGAUGCUUUUGAUAUCGUCUCUUGAAGAGAUGAUUCUGAUGUGCCAUCGAUACUGUUGAUAUUGUCUCUUGCAGAGAUGUCUUCGAACAUUGUCUUGACCCAGCCAAUCUGAAGAUCAUGAUCAUGAGAUUGUGAUGUGUCAUCGAUGCUUUUGAUAUCGUCUCUUGAAGAGAUGUCUUCGAACGCUGUCUUAACCCAGCCAAUCUGAACAUUGUGAUAAUGAGAAUCUGAUGUGUCGUCAAUUCUGCUGAUACAUGUAGCAGAGCUGUCUGUGAAUGCUGUCUACACCUGGUGAAUGUGGGUGUCGUUGAAUCGUGAGAUCCUUACGUGCCAUCGAUGCCGUCACUUGCAGAGAACAAAAGUUGUCUUGCCACAGAUCUAUACAUGGUGACCUCUUAAUAGAGGCAGAGAGUGCCAUUUACCGACUCUCCAUCUGAUGGAAGGGAGGCAUAUAUCUAUAUCUUAUAUGAUCAGUCCAAACUGAUGACUGUUAAGUGGAAGCCGCGGAACCAUUCUUGCAGACAUCAAGGAUUAUAUGCGUUGUCAUUUCUAUAUGUCCCAGUGGUUGCAACUACUUAAAUCACGGCACAUGUCAAUAUACUUUGAAGCUUAUGUAUGAACGGAGUAUAACUCUGAAAGACGUAUCCGACGAGAUGGUUGUCAUGACAACAGAAAUUGUUUAUGGAGAUGGAGAUUCGGUAUCUAGUAAACCAUUCCUUAUUAAUUUUUCUCAUACGAAUGGUACAUCAGAGGUGCAACCUUUGGAUUAUUAUGCAUUAUCUUCAUUUUAAGUGCCUGCCGCCCUCUUGUGGUCAGUCAACUUCAUCUAUAUCAUGUGAAAACUCAUACAAAUUUGUACUUACAUUAUCACCAUUAGCCAAGUCCUAAUCAACAAAAGAAAAAGAAGGUCAUGAAUUACAUCCAUUUGGAGGUAUUUUCCCUUCUCAAAUAGUUGGUCAGUCGAUCUAGAAUACUGUUAUUUUAAAGAAGUUUCUGUAUCAGUUGAAUUAUGUAAGGUACUACCAUAGCAGGAAGUGAGUAGCGUCUCUUUUAAUAGAGCUCUAUACUCUGUAUAAAAGCAUAUUAGAGAGUAAAUAAAUUACACAUAGUAAAUGUACUCUCCAGUAUGAUGAUGAUAGCCCAUAAAAAGAUAUUUCAGACAGGGCAAUCUUAUUUCGAUUUUGAUAAUGCUCUUCAUGAUGGGUUAAAUUUUUAUGAAAAUCCUCUGAAAUGCAAUGUAUUCUUAACAAGUCUAUCAAAUUAACUUUUUCAACAACUGUCAUUUCUUUUUAAACAACAAGUUUCUAUGUGUAAAUCGAAAUCAAUGAAAUAUUUGAAUAUGAAAAUCAAAAUGAGGGAAAAUGUUUAUGUAAUGAGUAAUGAGAUUGACCUAAUUUAUCUUUUAAAAUCACUUAGAAAGCAAUAUUUCAAGUCAGAAUUCUUAACCAUUUAAAAUCAUUUCAGUAUAGAACAUCCUGUAGACAUAUUGUGCAUGGUUUAUAUCUAAGUCAAUCCUUAAAAUAUAAGUGAAAUAUUUUAGGAAACUGUCUAGUUCUUUUUUUAUUAAUUAUUUGUAUAGGGUAAAAUAUAUGAUUCAUAUCUUUAUCACACAUAUUUUACAAUUAGUUGUUCUUAUUUAUUGCAAGAUAGUUGAUGAUGACAUGGAGAUCCUAGACAUUUUUUUCAUAAAUCUUCAUUUCUUUUAUCUCUGCUCACAUGAAUCAAUCUGAUAUUUUAUUGGAUUUAAUGCAAAAUUUUCAAUUAUGGGAGUAAUUUUCUAUUUCAUACCUAUGAUUUUAAAACCCAACAUAUCCUAGCUGUAUUGAUGUUUACGUGUUUUUAUACUGCUACUCUAAGCCUCUAUUGAGUAUCAUCAUCGUUUUUCUAGAUGUAAUUCAAUUUACUACUCAUUAGGCCUGUUUACAUCAGACCGAAGUUGCAAAAUAACUCUCUAUUUUGACCAGCCCGAUCUCAAAUUAACCAGCUAAUUUGUGUCUUCAUCAGCCCGCAGUUGCAAUUAGCGACUAUUUGGUCAAGAAAAUAUCCCAAGAAAUAUUGGUUUUGUUUCCAAAAUAGCGGGCUAAUUUGCGCUAGUUUGUGAUGGGCAUAUCUGUCUGGUGAAGCCGCAAUUUCGAGCUUCGGGAAAAUAUCCAGAGUCUGAAAAUAGCUGGUUAUUUUGCAACUUGGGUCUGAUGAAGAAAGGCCUUUUGUUGUUUCAUCUUCUGCACUCUGUCUUCCACAUUUCUUCUUUAUCUGUCUUCUCUUUUUCUGCCCAUCCUUCUAUCUCUCUUUUUCUGCCCUUCCUUCUAUCUCUCUUUCAUUUGUAGUCACAUUGUCUUGUUCUUUGAUUAUAAUUAUGUUUAUAAAUUGUUUCAUAUUCCACUCCCCACCCAGUAUAUGCACCAUGUAGUUAUAUGAUCCUUCUAAUGUUUUCAGUGGUAGAUGGAUCGAUUUUAUAUUUUUUUAAACUUAACACCGAGAGAAAAGAAUUCUCUCGAUCUGUAAUACUUAUCUUAUCUCUGUUAAGACUCAUUCAGAUAUGAUGCACCAAAACUGCAGUGUUUUUUUUUUAAAUGAUGACUUAAAGUGUACUAUGCUUUACUGACAUUUCUGUAUCCCAUAACACAGAGCUAAGUGAAGUCCUUAGUUGCGGGCAUUUGCCGUUUAUUCAAGCGUUUAAAAAAAAACAUGGCGGCUUUUUGGUGGCAGUAUACCGCGGCAUUUCUGAACAAGCCUUUACUACUAUUAGAUAUCUACAUGAAUGUUUCUUAUAUGGUCUAUUGUGCUAAUAAUUACGGCAAAAUCGAGGGUAUACAAAUGAUAUGUUGGUGCUGUUACAUUUUACCAUCGCGUUGGUCAGUGAUUUUUAAUUCUUUUUUUUUACAAUCUCAGGUUGCAUUUGUGAGCCAGAGGAGGUGAUCUACAUGAAUUAAAAUCAAUAUAAUUCAUACAUCGGUGACAAGGAGAGACUAUAGAGCAAUUUUAAUGCAUUCAUCAAAAUGUUAGAACUGUAAUAUUUUUAACCGUCGUAAGAGUUUUUCUAUGAAGUAUACAUGUAUAUGCAUUGUUAAGAUAUUUAUAUGUUUAUUGUCAUAUUUUGAUGUAUCAUACUAAACAUGAAACUGUGCAAUUACUUUUACUUUGUAAAUAAAGACCUUUCCAGCUUUUGGAAGAAAAAAAUAA